AUGGCUGGAGUUGUUCCAAUCUCUGGAAAACCAUUUAGGAAACAAUGGUUUUUACAAGACGGCUGCGCAGACUCCCAAGUAGUCCUCGCCAAAAAGCUCCUAGAAGAACGCUGCGACCUGGAUGUCGACACAGAAGAGAACGCAAAACUAGCCGUCUACUGGCUAACAAAAGCUUCCGAGCAAGGCAACCUGGAGGCCACAAAGAUCCUCCAGCACUGUUUCACGACCGGCCACGGAAUCACCGAGCACAACUACCAGGACGCUAAAUCCUGCCUGGAGAUGUCGCAGCAAGAAAAACUAGCUCGCAACGCCGCCCGGCUGCUCUUCACAGCGCUCUCUAACGGAGAAGAUUUCAUAACCUCCGAGCAACUACGACGCCACUUAAGCCCCGCCUCCUCCUCCAGAAAUUCCCCUCCUCCUCUAGAAUACCUCUCGGACCCAGAAAGAAUCUCCGAAUCGCAACUAGUCUCCGCCGCAGCCUCCUACUCUCGCGGCCUCCUGCCCUCCUUAUCCCCUCCACUUCCCCUCCCACUUACUCCCUUUUACCCUCCCUGGAGGGAACCAUUAAGCUUCUGCCGCCGGCUGUACCACAAGCUCCUCCUCUUCUCGCAAAACUCCGCCCUGUUCACCUCCCGAUUCUUCACCCUCCUCCUAAUCCUCACCUACUGCCUCCUAGGAACCGAAUCACUCCUCCUCUUCCUCCCACUCCUCUUCUACUACCUGUCUUUCGUCCUAAUGACCUUCGCGACCCUCCAAAUGCUUCACUCAGGAACCCAACUGUCCACCUUCCGUUCCUGGUCCCGCCUCUUUAUCUCCUACUCCUCCUCCUUAGACCCUCAGGAGGCGGAGUUUCAGUUCUGCCGGAACAACCUCAAGCCGUACGGCCACUUUUUCCUCUCCCUCCUCCUGAACCUCAUGAUCUACCCUCUGAUAGCCCACCAAUGGACUCCUCAGUCUGAAUUCACGCUAAUAGCCUUCACACUGACCCUCCUGACCCUCCUGAACUUCUCCUCGCCCGACCCUUUAGUCCUCUUUAGCUUCGCGAUCCACGUCCUAGCGAAGUAUCCUUACGAGCUAGACAUCGUAGUCGCUCAAACAUGGCGCUUUCUUGACAUCCGGGUCCCCACUUUUGCCUCCUACGUCAUUGGCAACUCCAUAGAAUUCUGCCUGAACUUCCGAGCGGUUUUCUAUCUCCUAAUCCCCGCCAUUUUUUUGAAACUAGCCGCACGGAACUCCUGGAAGGGAACCUACCAAUUGCUAAUCCCGCACUGCGUAACCUUAUCCUGGUGGCAGAUCGCCAUUUUGAGUUCUCAAGGAGCGACAAUGUACGGCCUGAUCCGUGCGGCUCUGGCUCUAGUGGGCGUGGUGAUGUUCCUGCCCAUAGUAGGCGUGGCCUCGAUAAUCCUGCCCAUUUUGGCGCUAACAAAGUACCUCCUAGCGGACUGGAGGAACAAUUUAGCGACCGCCUUCCUCGCUGCGGCGCCUUUUGGAACCUUCUGGUACCGCCGUCGGUGGUUCAGCAGCGCCCAAAUAAUCCUGGGACUUACCGCGGGGGCGUUCCUAAUCUGGCCGACGAAUCUAGACCCCGCCCCUUCUGAGUCCCUCUCCUGGGAGGCGUAUCAGAACUUCUGCCACCAGCCGGCUUGGGAAGAAGCUCCUAAAGCUCAGGUCCAAGUAGCUUGCGACGCUCUGACGGAUCUGCCUGUCACCUGGGAGGGGUACGUCACUGACGUCAAGCUCAGGCGGGUCAGAAACCCCCUCCGCGACUUUUUCGGCGGAGCUUGGGUCCCAGAAGGCGUGGCUAAGAAGCUCAGCUGCCUUCUGGGGGAAAAGGCGGACUGCAAGGAGGGAAAUUGCGGAGUUUUGAUGAAGUUAAGGCCGUGUAAUGUUGAUGGGUGGAAUAAAUUUGAGUUUGAGGUGUUUGUUAAGAUGAAGAGCAGCUUGUGGGGGAGCCACAGUGAAAUUGUGCUAAAUGCCGGGCAUGAGUUUAAAAACUUUAGUCUUAAUAUUUAUCCCGGGGAUAAGAUUUGGUUUAAGGGGAGGCUGAGUAAUGGAGGAGAGAGGGAGAAUUUGCUAGGUGGGGUCAGGCCGCAUGUUAAUAUUGUUGAGGCCCAGUGUCUUUUGUGCCAUGUUGGGGAGCUUAGGGCGGGGCAGGGCGGGGUUAAGGAUUUAGUGGGGGUUAUUGUUAGUGGGGGGAAGUCUGUGCUUAAUUUUGUACUGAAUCCGCUGGUUAUUUUCCGGUGA